UGCGCGUGUGUGAUAGAAGAGAUGAAGAAGAUGACGAAGUUGAAACCAGAGACAGUAACAUUGAUGCUGGUGAACCUGGCGGCAAUCAUGGAGAGAGCAGACGAGUCACUGCUACCUGCUGUGUACAAAGAGGUUGGGGCCGCCCUCCACACUGACCCAACUGGUCUAGGAUCCCUCACCCUCUUCCGAUCCAUUGUGCAAUCCUGCUGCUACCCACUCGCAGCCUACCUCGCCAUCAACCACAACAGAGCCCACGUGAUUGCCCUGGGCGCCUUCCUCUGGGCCGCUGCGACCUCCCUCGUCGCCUUCUCCUCCACUUUCUUUCAGGUGGCAGUCUCAAGAGCUUUGAAUGGGAUUGGACUGGCCAUUGUUAUACCUUCCAUUCAGUCCCUUGUUGCUGACUCAACCAUUGACACCAACCGUGGUACAGCUUUUGGAUGGCUACAGCUGACUGGCCACUUAGGUUCAAUCAUUGGAAACCUAUGCUCAAUUCUGUUAGCUUCGACAUCAUUCAUGGGGAUCCCCGGUUGGAGAAUCUCUUUCCAUCUAGUUGCAAUGGUGAGUGUUGUUGUAGGUAUUUUGGUCCGCAUAUUUGCCAAUGAUCCAAGAUUUUCAGAGGACGGUACUAAAGCUAGUGAACCAAAUCUUCAUAAGCCCACAACGUCAGCAGUGAAGUUGCUAAUUCAGGAAGCCAAGUUAGUGAUGAAAAUUCCAUCUUUCCAGAUAAUUGUAGCACAGGGUGUAACAGGAUCGUUCCCUGGAUCAGCUUUGUCAUUCGUACCACUGUGGUUGGAGCUCAUUGGUUUUUCUCACAAAGAAACCGCUUUUCUUAUGAGCAUAUACGUGGUUGCUGUAUCUCUUGGAGGGCUAUUUGGAGGAAAGAUGGGGGAUAUCCUUUCCAAGCAUUUCCCCAACUCUGGAAGGAUAGUUCUAUCGCAGAUAAGCUCAGGAUCAUAUAUCCCACUGGCAGCAGUGCUGUUUUUAGCUCUACCCUAUGACCCGUCCACUGCUUUCAUGCAUGGUUUGGUCUUGUUCGUCAUGGGGUUGUUUGUAUCAUGGAAUGCUGCAGCUACAAACAAUCCAAUAUUUGCAGAGAUCGUUCCUGAAAAGUCACGUACAAGUAUCUAUGCACUGGAUCGAUGUUUUGAGACCAUAUUGUCAUCAUUUGCUCCCCCUGUAGUUGGGAUUCUGGCUCAACACUUUUAUGGUUAUAAACCAGCUGCCAAGGGAGCCAGCAAGUCUGUUGAAGUUGAAAGAGACAGAGAGAAUGCUGCAUCAUUAGCCAAGGCACUUUAUAUGGCGAUAGGAAUUUCGGUGACACUGUGUUGCCUAAUCUACUCCUUUCUCUAUCGCACCUACCCAAGAGACAGAGAGAGAGCAUUGAUGCAUGCAUUAAUAGAAUCAGAGAUGCAGCAGAUGGAAUCAGAUAAUCCUCCUGCUGGAGUGGAAUAUGCUGAAGUUUGCUUCUUGGAAUCAGAUGAGCAAUAUGAGAAGGAAAAAUCUGUGAUUGAUAUGGUCUAUGGUGUGGAGGAUGUUGAUCUUGAUGACACUGAUGAGAUGACCCUGCUUCCCAUUAACUCAAAAUUCUCUAAUUUAGAGGAAUAAUAACCCCAUAUAAGCACAAGCUGGUUGGAUGGCCUUAUAGGUAUCCAUCUUUAUAAUUCAACUAUGAGAACUCCUUCCAACCAGUGGACCCAGUUUUCCUCUCUCUGGGGGCUUUAGAAGGCUUUGUGAAGAAUUUGGGUGA